GCGCGCUUCGCCUGGAACAGGGAGUGAACCGGGACCACCGCCUCGCUGCAGCUCCGCUCCCCGGACCGGCAACAGAGCAGCUCCUGACCCGGAUCUAACCUUUCAUUUGGACCCUUCCAGCUCCGGAUCCAGUCUCUCCGUGUUCCCCCAACACCUGGAUGAAUAUUUCAGUCCCACCUGAACUUUUCAACAGGCUUUAAAUCCUUGCUCUGUGCGCUAAAGUCGGAUUGAGUUCGGCGAAUUAAGUCGUGCGUAAAAGUAGCGAACCAGGUGCCGAAACAGGAUUAAAAAGCGACAUUUUACGCGCCGGAAUCACGCACAUUUGAUGUUUUUCGGGUUUGUUGGCGUCUCUCCACGCGUGUUCCAGUGUGAGGAUGAGUGAGCUGCUGUUCAGGUGGGUUUAACCUGCGCUGGAUGAGAUGCGACCAUGUCCUUUACGCACCGGCUCGCUCUGCUGCUGCUCGGCUUCAGCUUCAUCCACACGGUUCAUGGAAGGUUUCCUCACUGCCAGCUGCACUGGGAGAUGCAGCGAGCCAAGACAGAAUGUCAGACACAACUGCAGCAGCAGACGGCCAACACUGCAGGAUGUGAUGGUGAGUGGGACAACGUGUCGUGUUGGCGAAGUGCAGCAGUCGGUGAGGUGCUGAUCCUCCCCUGUCCGUCUCCCUUCCUGCUGCUGUUUGGCAAGAACGGCAACCUGAGCAGGAAGUGUACAGAGAGCGGUUGGUCGGACGUCUAUCCCAUCAUCACCGUCGCCUGUUCAUCAGACAACACAGACGAACCCAGCGAGUUAAUCUUCUACAAAGUGGUGCAGAUUCUGUCCACUCUGGGCCACAGCCUGUCGCUAAUCAGUCUGUUCACCAGCACCGUCAUCAUCUGUUUGUUCAGGAGGCUCCACUGCAUGAGGAACUACAUCCAUCUCAACUUGUUUGUGUCGUUCAUGCUGCGAGCCGCGGCCGUGCUGGUAAAAGACUCGCUGCUGUUCUCCGAAGAUGAAACCACCGACUGCAGCACGCAACCCUCACUGGUGGGCUGUAAGGCCAGUCUGGUGUUCUUCAACUACUUCAUCAUGGCCAACUUCUUCUGGCUGCUGGUCGAAGGUCUCUACCUGCACACGCUGCUGCUGGUCAUCCACCGCUACUCCACCCACCUCUCCAUCUACAUGCUCAUCGGCUGGGGAAUCCCUUUUGUUUUCAUGGUGGCAUGGAUCAUAUGUAGGGUCAACCUGGAGGACACGAGGUGUUGGGAGGUGAAUGAUAACCCCGUCCCUGAUAGACUCAUCAACUGGCCCAUCAUGGCGUCCAUCAUUAUCAAUUUCAUCCUGUUCAUCAGCAUCAUCCGUAUCCUGGUACAGAAACUGCGCUGCACUGAUGUCGGAGGAAACGAACAAUCACAGUACAGGCGCCUGGCGAAGUCCACCCUCCUGCUGAUCCCUCUGUUCGGGGUGAACUACAUGGUGUUCUUCUACCUGAUGGAGCCAGAUGAUAAGAACAUGAAGCAAAUCAAGAUCUUCUUCGACCUCGGCCUCGGGUCCUUCCAGGGUUUAAUCGUUGCCGUCCUCUACUGUUUCCUCAACAGCGAAGUGCAGAGUGAGCUGAGGAGGACGUGGAGGAGUUUGUCUCUGAAGCGGUACGUCAGACGGGACUACAGGCUACACGCCACGUCCAUGAGCCGAAAUGGCGUCGAAAAUCAGUUUCCAAGGAACUCCCGAGCCCAGUCCAUCCUGCAGACUGAGACCACCAUGCUCUGACCACAAACAGGGAUCCUCUAUUUUUAUAAACUCGUAUUGACAGUGAGUCAGAAUGCAGGACAUCUUACUCCAGGACACUUUUAUAGACUUAUCGUUUGCUGCUGCAGCAACUGAACUCAUCCUCGGCCUGCAGCUGAAAGGCUUCUUGUGGAACUUUGGACUUUUUCUUACAUUCUUGUUGACAUUUUACAACAGAUGAAAGUGUGCCUUUCCAGGACACAAACCUGCAUCAACAAAUAGAUCUUUUAUUGCCCAUGCCAGACAGUUUCUUAUGAGUACACUUUAUUAACAAAAUGCUGCAAAUUCAAACUAUCAGUUCCAACAUACCGCAUCCAUAUCGGGGAGAAAAUGCUCUCUAAAAGCUGAAUGUAUAAUCUGUGGUGCAGCUGUUUUUGUUACGCUGAAGACAACUUUAAACUUUUUAUAUACACAUCUGCACUUAGAAUGGGAGUCUUCAAAACAAAGAACAUUGACCACAGAUGUUCUAAAACAAGCCAUGAGGUUUUUACGUGACUGAAAUGUGUUUAUAAUUUUAUAAAUAACCAAAAAUAAAUCAUAUAUGUAUCAAUAUUAAGAUCAUAUGAGGUCAAAAAGGCAGCACUGGGCAAACCUGCCUUUAAAUGUAAACUUUGCUGGUGAAAUCAGCACUACAAUGGUUCCCAAUAUGUUACAAUGAAGCAGCAGCUUGUCUGCUUUAACUUGUUUGGUUUAAAAUACAAGGUGAGAUUAAUAAGUUCAGAGAUUGCACCAAUAAAUAUCAAAAAAGUACCUGAUUUAAAUUUGGUCACCAUCCCCAUUACAGUAGUGUCCUUGUGCAGUGAUGCUCUGCUCCCAGUGCUCCUACAACGCUUAAAACACUACUUGGACAUUCUGUUUUUCUAAACAUCACCUGAGUAAAAACAGCAACCUUUCAUCUUGAAUUUCCUUUUGGAGAUGAGGAAGAAGUUGCAGGGAGCAAAUUCUAGCGAGCAGGGUGGGUUUGGGAGCAACAAUUAUGCAAUGGACUAGAAACUCGAACGUAGUCACCAUGCUGUGACACACGUCAUUGCGCCACAGUUCAGGUCAUUUUCUCUGAAUGUUUUUCCUCAGGAUGUUACAGUAAAACUCUGCAUCAACCGUCCAACACUGGUGGAUGAAUUCACCGUGCACAACUACAAGAAUGUGAAAGAAAACAACAAGCAUUUUGUGACCCUGAAUUGGGAGCCAAAGUCCUAGUGGGAGGAUUAAAAGUGAUUUUAUUUGAUAGUUAAUUUUCCCUUUAAAUGUGUACUUUUCAUAUGUUUUAAUUGGUACCAAAUUCAGCGUUCAACAAAUGUGUCUUUGAUGGGCAUUGAAUCAUAAAUAGGCUUUAGUAUGAUCAUUUUGCAUUGUGGAACAAAUCGACCAAAUAUUGAGAUAGUAUUGCCUUUAAAUUACCUAAAUGACUAAAUAUAAUUCUAUGUAUCUUUACUUUAUCUGCAGGGAUAGAAACUGACAAUAUCCAGCUCCGUACUUUACUCUAAGUCUGCUAAAUAUUCCAUUUCCUGCAUACAGAAUGUUAUCCAGAAUGACUUGCUUUACUUUCAAACAACCAAAAACGCAGAUUUGCCUUGUACAGGGACUGUUUUGUAUUUUAUGUCUUUUGUUUUUUUGUUUUUUUUUACACUGUUGAGCAUAUUCAGGGUUGACUGAGCAUUUGUAAUCUUUUAAACACAAUUGUAAGCCAUAUGUUUGAUGUAUAUAAACUUUUAUCAUUGAGA